AUGUCGGGACGUGGAAAAGGAGGCAAGGGCCUGGGCAAGGGCGGUGCGAAGCGCCACCGCAAGAUUUUGCGCGACAACAUUCAGGGCAUUACGAAGCCGGCCAUCCGCCGUCUCGCGCGUCGUGGCGGCGUGAAGCGAAUCUCGGGGCUGAUCUACGACGAGACGCGCAGCGUCCUCAAGCUGUUCCUCGAGAGCGUCAUCCGCGACUCGGUCACGUACACGGAGCACGCCAAGCGCAAGACGGUCACGUCGCUCGAUGUCAUUUACGCGCUCAAGCGCCAGGGCCGCACGCUCUAUGGUUUCGGUGCAUAG